AUGGGGCCGUCCAACUCGACAAAGCCGCAUAAAUAUUGGGAACAAAUUAUAUUCGACCCGUGUGUGUUUGUCUUCUUGUGUCUUGCAGACGUUGUGGAAAAUCUUUGUCCAGAGCGGCAGGAGUCAGAUUCCCCCCACAUUAAAGAGGAAGAGGAGGAUGGAGAGGUUCAACAAAUCAAAGAGGAGGAGGAAGAGUUCGUACACAUUAAAGAGGAAGAGCAGGAGGAAAUCAUCAAGAUUCCUUUGACUGGGGUCCUUUUGAAGAGUGAAUAUCAAAGUCAAAGUGAGGAAAACCGAGGGGUGGAGCCUCCCAGUAGCAGCUCAAGUCAACACAUGACAACAGAAGGUGAUGGAGACCACUGUGGAGAAUCACAAGCAGAGGGACUGUUAGCUCCACUAUCAGAUAGUGACGAGACAACGUCACACUCUUCUGACUAUGAUGAUGGUGAUGAUAAAGAACAGUCGGAACGUAAUAUGACAUGUCACACUGAUCUCAAAUGCUGGAAAUGUUCUAAGUGUGGGAAAACUUUUGCUUCUAAGAGCAAUUUGAAACAGCACAUAAAAUUACACACUGGAGAGAAGCCUUUUGCCUGUUCCGACUGUGGUAAAAGAUUCACUGUAAAGGGUAAGUUAAUAUCACACUCAAGAACCCACACUGGAGAGAAACCUUUUGCCUGCUCAGUUUGUGGUCAAAGAUUCUCUCAGAAGGGUACCUUAAAAAGUCAUACAAGAACACACACUGGGGAGAAACCUUUUUGCUGCUCAGUUUGUGGUCAAAGAUUCUCUGAAAAGGGACACUUAAAAAGUCAUACAAGAACCCACACUGGGGAGAAACCAUUCACCUGCUUAAUUUGUGGUCAAAGAUUCUCUGAGAACGGAACCUUAAAACGUCAUAGAAGAACACACACUGGGGAGAAACCUUUUGCCUGUUUAGUUUGUGACCAAAGAUUCUCUGAGAAGGGAACCUUAAAACGUCACACACGAACCCACACUGGGGAGAAACCUUUUUCCUGCUCAGUUUGUGGCAAAGGAUUCGCUCAGAAGGGAAACUUCAAAAGUCACACAAGAACACACACUCGAAAGGAACCCUUUGUUUGCUCAGUUUGUGGCCAAAGAUUCUCUCAUAAGUAUCUGGCUAAGAAUCACAAGUGUGUUUAUGACAAUAGCAGUGAUCAAUGAAGGUUCUGCCUCUCAUCUGAGCAGGCUUCAUAAUUUCAUGCACCAAGGAUGAUUGUAUUCUAAUGUACCUUCUUAAAGGCCUCUAGUGGAAAAGUGUUGAAAAUUAGCACUCGUGCUAAAACACUUGUAGCACUAUAUCUGCUUUGUCAAAUGUUUUUGUGAUGUGCAUAUCAAAAAAUGAAACGAUUUACUCAAAUAGACUGAGAAAACUUUGACUCUUUGCAUAUGUGAUCAGGAAUUUAAUGGAAAUACUUUUUGUAAUGUAUAGUCGUGGUCUGAGGGCGUGGGUUCUCCGGGGACGGAAACCACUUAGGCUUUCUAAGUUUCACCUGUGGCUCAAUGUGAGAGCCUGGGAAGAAACACCGCUUGGCAAGAUGUUUGAUUAGAUGGCGACUGGGAAAAUAAAUUAUGAAAAGAGAGGUACUGCAGGCUAGAGUGCAAAAGAAACGAGCAUAUGCAGAGUUUGCAAGGGUGUGGAACCAGCAGAGAGGGAAACAGUGGAGGAAAAUUAAAAGCAAUAAGAAACGAGCGGAACAAAAAAAUGAGGGGUAACUGUUGGAUACAAAAAGAGUCAUAACAUUCAUUGCAGGGGUAAUAAAUGCAACAAUGGAAUACAAUAAAAAAAACAAUACAGAAUAUAACAAGAGUAGCAGAAAAUCCUCUUGACAUAAAACAGCUAAUAUGGGAGGAGUUGAGGGAUGAUCUCAGUGCUCAGGCCAGCCGAGAGACAUCGAAUUAAGGGUAACAAAAUAUUUUACAUGGUGAUAUUGAUCGAUACAUACUGUAGAUAGAUAGUUACAGUGUGUGUUGAGACUGAAGACAUUUAUUUCAUGAUCCUAAUUUUAGUUUCUAAGAGAAAAAAGAACGAAAAAGACAAGUUACGUUUCGUUUGCUCAUACCCAUAUGCCAGCACAGUAGUUGGUGACAAUGCAUCCUAAAACGUUAAAAGCCAUCUGGCGCCAAACAAAACAAAGAAGAAGAAGAAGAAUGUGAGAGCCUGCGGCUGAAGGUGAUGGGGGAAGUUGACGAACAUGAGGUUUGCAAAGACGGGAGGGUGUGUCUGGUAAGCAAAGCGCAAGGACGGUGGGCGGGCAAGCUGGAAGACAACGACGCUGUAACAGCAAGGUGACGGUUGUGAAUUUACCAGUGCUGUACCUAUGCGCUGUGUUUUGUGUUCAUAUGUGGGGGUGGGAGGGGUGGAUCUUGUAAAUAUCUUGCCAUGUAAUAUUCUCUUUUAAUUUCUGUAAACCACUUUGUGUUGCAUUUUAAUAUAUGAGCAGUGCUAUAUGGAUAAACUUGAUUUGAUUUGAGGGCCACACCAACAUGCAAACAUCAAUUCUGCUCAUAAAGAAUUAAAUGUCUUUUUGUAAUGCUGUAAAUUGUAUUUUGAUAAUCUGCUACCUGUGUAGUUAUGGUAUAUGUUAUGUUAGGAAAGGUAAUUUAAAAUAUAAAUAAAAUAAAUGUAUCUUUUUAAGCCCGUGUUAUUAAUAUUGUCUUGGUGGCCUGUGGCAACGGCAUAUGGUCCAGGUGCAGACGGCUCCAGCUUAUUAGGUCAUGAUGGUAUAAUUUUUAACCUGUAUGUGUAUGAAUGUCUGUGUCCUUGCAGUUGUCAAGCAGCAGGUGGGAUUGUUCUAAUUUCGUAUUUUAAUGAAUAUCAUGCACUUUGAGUUACUGUUACGCGUAUGGAAAGUGCUUACAAAUAAAGUUUGAUUGCUUGAUAAAGAUUAUUUA